ACAAAAUGGCCGUCACAAUGGUUUACACCAUAGCAAGGCCAGUUUCUUAUAAAGGCGGAUUUGAUAGCAAUACUUUAAGGCUUUAUUAUCUUUACCUAUGACAAAGGCAAUGAAGAAAAGAACUGAACCUAGCAAUGGCUCUAAGUCAGAUACAGAUAGAGCUAAACGGGUUUAUCGAGCUGCUUUGGAAUCCAUUAAGCGUCUUGAUACUAUCAAUAAAGGGACAAAAGCUUACCGUGAGGUGUUCAGGCAAGACGCAGUUGGGCUUCGCAAUAAGUUGAAGGAACAUUGUGAACGUCUCAUGUUUUUUAAUCCUAUUGAGUAUGGUCGUAAAGCGGAAGAAGUUUUGUGGAGAAGAGUGUUUUAUGAUGUUAUCCAAAUAGUCAAACACAGUAAAGAUCAUGUCAGACAUCAUGGAUCAGUUGAGACUGCUUAUCGUACACAUUUGGCAGCAGCAGCAGGCUACUAUCAGCAUCUUGUUUUCAGGCUUCAGAAAGAAUUCUCUUUACGUUUAGCUGCUGUCAUUGACUACCAUCAACUGCCAGACCCAAGAACAGGGCGUAGAAAUGACACAAUUGUUAAAACCAUCAAUCCCAGUGUUCAAGAGUGGGCUCAGAGAGCAUGCCACAGGUGUCUUAUUUGUUUAGGUGAUAUCUCUCGUUACAUCUGUGAUGUUGAUCCCAUGUCAAUACCAACAACUGCAGAUCGCUACUACCAUCAGGCUUUCAUGCUGUUUCCUGAAAUAGGAAUGCCUCAUAACCAGCUUGGCACCUUGGCAGGAUCUCGAUAUUCUGGUUGUGAGGCAGCUUACCACUAUGUACGAUGUCUUGCUUGUGAAAAACCAUUUGAGGGUGCAAGAGGAAAUCUGACGCGGCUGUUUGAGAAAAAUACAAAAAGAUUUUAUGAGCUAAACAAACCAUUGGCCAGGGACCUUCCACCAGAUGAGCAGAGGCAUCAGGAUAUCAAGAGGUUUUUUACACGCUUUUUGAAAUUACUGGAGAUUUUUCAUGGAACUUCUAGCAAUAUUGAAAUGAAUGAACUCCAACAGCUGUGUCAGCACACACUUCAAGAUUUCAAUCUAUGCAUGUUUUAUGAGCCUCAGCAACACUCCAGAGACCUGUCUGGGGACCAGGACUUUGAUCAGGAUGAGGAGGAUGGGGAGGAGUUCGCUGACCCUGGUGACCCUGCAUCUUUUCAAUACCUUGACAACGGAAUUGUUUUUAAAAUUGUUUGCUGUCUGAUAUGUACCAUACAUCUUCUUGAAAAAAAUGGUUCCAACAACAUCACAGCUGCCACAGCUUUUCUCCUGGCUCUCUUGUCUCAUAUUUUAAACCAUGUUGUCAUCAGGCUGCAGGGCAGUCUGGAGGAAAUGGAACAUCCAAAUAAAAUUCUUAUUGCAGGCUCAUCACUUUCCACUGAGAAUGCUCACUUAGAAGAAUCUUCUGGAAGUGAAGAUGAAUCUCAUCAACAAACCGCUCAGGACAAUGCAGCAAAUAAUGGCAGCGCUGGUACAGCAUCUAAGAAAUCCAGAAUAUCAAAUUUACGAAAUCUAAGAAGACGUCGGCGGAGACGACAGUUAAGUGAAAGUAGUGAAGCCAUGUCAGACCUCUCUGAUGCGUCUGACUUAAGUGAAGGCAACAAAGAGACAGAAGACCAUUUUGUGUCCAGUGAUUCUGAAGACGAUGCUCUAGCAAGUUACUUUGAUCAUGGAUCAGACUCCGAACUAUCAGAUUCAGAGGAUGUGGCUGAUGCUGAUCUCAGAGCCAAUACAAACAAUGGAAAUUCUGUUACAACAGAUGACCAGUCCAAGUGGCCACCUCCUGGUAAAAGUUUGCCCAAUGGGGACAUGAAACACAUUUGGUCUAAUGGUACUGGAGACAAGAGUCUUGCACAUAUUUCUUCCGAGCUUUUUUCUUCUUCUCUCAUGUUUCUGGGUCAAGACCUGGCCAACAGCAGUCAAAGCACUGAUGUGUUACAUGACAAGGAUGUUCCCAUUCCUCCAGGUUUCAACUCAUCUGAAGAAGCUAAACAUGUUGCAGAAAUAACUGAAAAACUUGCCAAUUUCGAUAUAGAAACUGAUACAGAAACCAACUUUAUGCCAACUGAUACAGAGCAAUCAGGUACUCUCACAGAGACAGAUGAGGCAGAUAAUGAGCACAGUUCUUCUAGCAACACUGAAAAGCAAGAACGCGAUCGGAGAUUGCAACAAACAUUGGAGGUUGUUCACGGGCAAGGUCUGUUGUCCACUGUGAAAAUAAUGUGUGAUUGGAUGAGGACCCAAACAGCAAUAAUUUCUGUUUGUGCACAGAGCUCUUACAGUUUAUGGCAGCGCCUGUCAGUACUCCUGAAUUUUUUACCCCAUGAAAAUGAUAUUGUACAGCAUGGCAUGUGUUGGGUGCAGGAGCUGCAGGUGAUUGUCAACCAGACCAGGUUUUCAGACUGGUCCCAGGUGUUCCCAUUGACAGAGGACAAUGAGAUGUGUCAGCUUCCUCCAUUGGCGGACAUCCACUCACAGAUAGACUUUACCACAAGACACAGGGCUCAGCUCAGUGAUAUGCAAGAGACAUUUCUAAGAAUUUGCUGCCUGAGGAGGUUUGGUUACUUCCUGACUACUGUAGACAACAUAGAGUUCACGUAUCAACCUGAGACAGCCAUGUUCCUUGGGCCAACCAAAGACACUCAUCUCAGUAGUAGUAACAGUCAGGACACAUUGGCCAAAAUGAAAGAUUCUGAAAGUCGAAGGAACCAGCUGAUGAGAGAUAUGGCCCAGUUGAGGCUACAGGCUGAGGUGAAGGAGCUGGAAGGAACUCUGAAGACAACUGACCAGCCUGUUUUCCCACCCUAUGUUGUACUUGACGACUCAGCCCUCUGUAACUACCUGACAAAGGUCAAGGAAUUAGCAGCUACAGCCAGGUGUAUACUGGUCAUACCUCUGGCAGUUGUUGACAACCUUGACAUUCAGAAAAAAGACAGUGCCAGUGCUAGAGAAGUCAUAAGAUGGCUUGAGGUUCAGUUUCGUAAAGGAAAUAGAUACAUCAGAGCACAGAAGCAUAAAGAGACGUUAGCUGCUCAUCAGCAUGGAAUGUUGAAGAAAAGAAACAGAGAUGCCUGGUACUUGCUAGAGUUGCUGGGCUGUGCACGUUACUUAUCCCAGCAAACUGGAACAUUCACUGGUCAUAAUGUGGUAGCCAUUGUCACAGGUCAUCAAAAACUGCUGACCCCUCCACUUCUACCUGCCAUUCAACAAGUUCAAGCCUCCUCAGAACAAGAAGGUGUAACAAUUGAAACUGUGUUGGACUUCAGUCGCAAGUGGAAGAAUGUCCUACAGCAGCAAGGGAAAGGAUGAUCAGAGCACUAGACUGACAGGAUGUAUUGUAGGUUAGACCCAAGGGACAGGUUUGGGCCUCAUGGACACUACUGGGACACCCAGUACUGGACAAACUCGAGCGUAGCACUAUGCUACUUUGUAACAAAAAAACUUAUGUGAUACUACUGCUACCAAUGGGAACAUGUUGUGGCUAUCUCUGCACAGCUGUCUUUCAUAUUCCACAUAACAUUGUGAAGGGUGAGGGAUAAUGAAAGUCACAAGCACCACUCUUAGGAUCCUGACCUCUGUUGCUAUGGUGACAUGGGAAAGCUGUACAAAGAGAAUGUUCUAUAUAUUUGAGUUUUAGCAGUUUUUAGACUGUGACAGGAUGUUCGAUAUAAUUAAGCAAUUGACUGACAAAAUGUUCGAUAUAAUUGGGGUAUAGCAGUUGGCUGACAAAAUGUUCUAUAAAUUUGGGAUAAAACAUCUGAUAGACUGAAGAAAUGUCAAAAUGAGAUCUAGCAAAAUACAACUGAGCUAAUAACAUCUGUUUAUGUAAUGGAGUACAUUAUUUGUGUGCACUUGGUCCAUUUUUUGUGCUUAAGCAAUCAAAACAAGCCAAGAUACAGCCAUUAAAUGUUCAUAUUCAUGCAAGAUACAGCUCCUGUUACCAUUUGUUGACUGUCUAAAAGCUAAAGGAAGCAAUCACUCUUAUAGUCUUGACCUCUACACUUAGUCUCUGAAGUUAAAUGAUAGUGAAGCUGCAACAUUAGUUUAUCAUACCACUAGCGCCAACAUUAUUUUAUAAGCUUAAUUGUAGUUACUGAAUCUUAACAUUAAUUUUAGCUAGUGAAUCAUAGUUUAACAUUUACAAGUACCUGUAGGUUGAAGGGCCAUAGGUUUAGCUGGCUCAUUAGUAAAUCACUAUUGUAAUUUAAAAUACAUUAAGUAGAUGAUAGCCUAACCGGUACAUGGUUUAGCCAUGUGUCAUGAAAAUGGUCAAACAGGUCUAGAGCUGAACGAGUAGACCUGUCACAUGAUAUCUCGCUAUAGGGUGGAAAGUUCUAGAAGAGUGAACAAUCCUAACUUUUUUAAACAGUAGGUCGAAACAAAAGAUAAAAAAUUCUUCAUAAUGAUGGUCAGUUAACUUGUAAAAUAAAUCCAUUAGAAAAAUAUUUCAAUAAAUCCUGUAAUUUAAAAACUAAUGAAAGUAGGUUUCACUUAACAAAUUUCAUCAAAAACAAGAUUAAAUUUUAGAUUUUGAGUAGCAAGUUGUAUGGUCUUCAUAUGGAAUAUUUAAAACAGUGAUCCAUUAAAAUGACAAUUUGAGAAAUAAAUGAAACAAAGAAAAUAUUUCUACUGCUAUGUUUUAAAGUUUUCAAUUUCAGCAGAUCAUUUUACUGUAAUCCUAACAUUUCCAUUAUGAACUCAAGUUUUUGUUGUAUUUUUUGUUGUUUUUUUUAGAGAGUUCUGUUUUCAUUGAUACAGAAAUAGAUCUGGUAUUUCUAAAAGCUUCUAUCCAGAAUUAAUUUCUGAACAUCACAAGUUCUGAUUCUUUUACACUGAAAAUAUACAUAUUUUUUUUAUUUGAUUAUUUACAUUUGUAUUGGUGUAAAAGAGUUAUCUUUCUUCCUUUACCACUAGACUGAAUACCUGUAGGGAAGUAGGUAGACAAUUUGCUAGCAAUAAUGAAGUACUUUGACACUAAUACAGACAUACAACAGGUGGGUUGCAACAUGCACAAAACAGGUGUAUCAAAACAUGCACAAAACAGGUGUAUUAAAGCAUGCACAAAACAGGUGUGUCAAAACAUGCACAAAACAGGUGUAUUAAAACAUGCACAAAACUGGUGUAUUAAAGCAUGCACAAAACAGGUGUAUCAAAACAUGGCUAAUCUCUAGCUUGAAGAUGCUGGUGACAGUGUUAGAUUCCCCUCUUGUAAUAGUGUGCUAAACGCAAAUUAAACUUUGAUUUUAAAAUUA